AUGGCUCUUUUCCAUUCGCUACCAGGAGGCGACAGCGGCCUCAUGCAGCAGCUGUGGGCCAUCCUCUCUGGCGAUGAUGGCAGGCUGCUCGUAUACCCAGUCCUCGUGGGCGCCAUCGUCACCACGAUGUUCCUCCUCGUAGCUACCAAACGCAUCCUCUUCCCGACUUUCGACCCACGGGAGCCACCAAAGGUCCAGCCGACGAUCCCCUUGGUCGGCCACAUUAUAUCCAUGCUCACCCAGGCCAACGACUUCUACAUCAACAUUGCCAAAAGGACGCGCGGCGCCCCGAUCUGCACGCUGCCGAUGCUGGCCGGCAAGAUGUACGUCAUCUACUCGCCGGCCAUGAUCCAGGCCGCCAUGCGCAGCAAGGACCUCUCGUUCCUGCCCUUUGCCGAGCACUGGUCCGAGGACGUCGUGGGCAUCCAGAAGGACCACCUGGCGCUCGUCAUGCCGCACAUGGAGAGGCUGAGCCACGACUUUUGGAUCGGCACGAGCGGGGACAACCUCGCCCGCCUCAACGUCGCCGCGCUGAGGGAGCUCGCCGCCGAGCUGAAUACGGUGCCCGCAUCGAGCGGUAUCGAGGGCGCUUUGAGGAUACCGAACCUCUCGGUUUGGAUCAGAAGGGUCAUCAGCUUGUCGACGUUCCGCGCUCUCUUUGGGAAGAGAAAUCCGUUGAGUGAGGAGGAUGCUGAGGACUAUUCGACUUUCGAAAAUAAUUUUGCCGGCCUGGCCAUUGGCGGACCCCUGAAGCGCAUCAUUGGUCGCAAGGCGUACGACGCGCGCCAGCGCAUCCAGAACAAGCUGCUCCCGUACAUGCUCGCAGGAGGAGACUUUGACGAGUCGACAUCGGAUCUCGUCCGCAUCCGCUCGACAGAACACGAAGCGCUGGGGAUACCCGCCUCGGGCCGCGCCAAGUCCGAGUUCCUGACGCCGUGGGUGGCCACGCUCAACACGAUCCCGACCUUGUUUUGGUUCUUCACCGAGGUGUUCUCGCGCCCACAGAUCGUAGAGCGCUUACGGGAGGAGAUCCUGGCCUCGGGCGUCGUGACGCUCGAAGACGGCGGGCAGGGGAAGCCGAGAGCGGCGUCGCUCGACAUUGCCGACCUGGAGAGCCGCUGCCCGUACCUGAUGGCGUGCUACCGCGAGACGCUGCGCUUGUACAACGAAAACGUCGGCAACCGCAUGGUGCUGCGCGACACGGUGAUCCAGGACCCGGACCAGGGCGGGCGCGAGUACCUGCUCAAGGCCGGGACGAACGUGCAGUGGUCGGCGGCCACGACGCACAAGGACCCGCGGGUCUGGGGCGCGCGGCCGCACGACUUCAACCCGGACAACUUUGUCGACGGCGGCGAGCAGGCCAAGGGAGGGGCGAAGUUGACGCCCGAGGAGCGCGCCGCUCGCCGCCUGUGUAUGAUUCCCUUUGGUGGCGGGAAGCACCUCUGCCCGGGCCGUCUCUUUGCGCAGGCUGAGAACCUGGGGUUCGUGGCGGCGCUGGCGGUCGGGUUUGAGCUGCAUGGCGUCAGGGUGCCCGCGAGCGUAGGGGCUCCGCUUGGAGCCGCGGCCAGGCAACCCAGGUGGGGUGCAAUGGACCCUAGCAUAUCCAUCUCCCGCCGGAAGGGAUGGGAGAAUGUUGACUGGAGGUUCACUUGCGCAGAGCAUAAAACAUAA